GCCCCCUGCCCCACCCUCUCUAACCUAAUAAGGCCAUGCCGUGCGCUGGAGACUCGUAUAAAAAGCGAAGUCUUCGCAGGGACUCUGCAGGACGCCGGAGAGAGGAGACCGGAGCCGUCCAGCGCCCGCAGAGAAAAACAGCAUGGCCAAAGAGUGGGGGUACGCCAGCCACAAUGGUCCUGACCACUGGCAUGAACUUUACCCCAUUGCCAAGGGAGACAACCAGUCACCCAUCGAGCUGCAUACUAAAGACAUCAAGCAUGACCCUUCUCUGCAGCCGUGGUCAGCAUCUUAUGAUCCUGGCUCUGCCAAGACCAUCCUGAACAAUGGGAAGACAUGCAGAGUGGUGUUUGAUGAUACCUACGAUAGGUCAAUGCUGCGAGGUGGUCCUCUCUCGGGACCAUACAGACUUCGCCAGUUUCAUCUUCACUGGGGCUCCUCAGAUGAUCAUGGCUCUGAGCACACAGUGGACGGAGUAAAGUAUGCAGCAGAGCUCCAUUUGGUUCACUGGAAUCCGAAGUAUAACACUUUUGGGGAAGCCUUGAAGCAACCUGAUGGAGUUGCUGUGGUUGGCAUUUUUCUGAAGAUAGGGCGUGAGAAAGGCGAGUUCCAGCUUCUUCUUGAUGCACUGGAUAAAGUUAAAACAAAGGGCAAGGAGGCACCCUUCACCCACUUUGACCCAUCCUGCCUGUUCCCGGCCUGCCGGGACUACUGGACCUACCAUGGCUCGUUCACCACUCCACCCUGCGAGGAAUGCAUUGUGUGGCUGCUGCUGAAGGAGCCCAUGACUGUGAGCUCUGACCAGAUGGCCAAGCUGCGCAGUAUCUUUUCCAGUGCUGAAAAUGAGCCCCCGGUACCCCUGGUGGGGAACUGGCGCCCACCACAGCCCAUCAAGGGCAGAGUGGUGAGAGCCUCUUUCAAAUGAGGCCAUGGAAUCGUGCCCUCUUCAUGAAAGGAAACCUGGUCUCUGGAGAGCUUGGGUCACCGCCUCCUGGUGCUCCACCGAGUAUAUUUCACUGCUCCACAGCACGAGAGGCAUGUGGGUGAUGUCCUACCAAGACAUCACAGUUACAUUGACAAGAUCUAAUCUGAAAGAACAAGUUUCACACAUUGCCUUUGUAAUAAUCAUCUUUUCUAUAAAACAGUAUUUCUAGUAAGGUUUUGAUAGAGAAGAAACAGAUGGAAGGACAAAGGAGAGAAUAACUAGUGAGUGCCAUUUCUUUUCCUGGAUCUUAAAUUUCCCAGAACCUUGUGUUUCCUGUCCUAUUGUGAUUGGUCCAGUUUUCAGAAGUAGUAAGCCUAUAUGUGAGAAUAGAGGUAUAAGAAGGUCAUAUAGCAUCAGCUACAGAUUAAAAUGAUUGUGGACACCAGGAAUUGAAAUGAUCACCUAUUUAUCUCUUCCAUAACAUCAUCAAGAAGUUCAUCAUUUACUCACACUUCAGCUACCACCACUCUGUCUUGGAUUAUCAGUGAAAGGAAAACACAGUAUGACCAAUUGUUUUAAAAAUAGUUGAUCCAGUGUUUGAGUUUCUUCUUCAUAGAGAUGGUUUUCUUUACCUGAAGCAGGGCCAUUUUUUUUUAAAAUGUCACUACUUUAAUCCUUGCAUGCUUAUUAAAAUAAAAGCUGUCUGUGAUAACUUUGGAAUUCAAA